AUGGGCGGGGGGCCCGGCCGGGUCAGGCCCGAGUGCGGCGGACAGCAGAUGGGGCCGGCUGGACUGGGAGACGGCCCGCAGCUGGUGGACGUUGCAGGGCGGUGGGCACAGGGCGAGGUGCUCGGACUCCAGCCCGAGAGCCUGAGCUCGACCCGGCGUCCGAGACUCCUGGCCCCGGGGGUCGGCUCCCCACCGGCUCUGCCUCGUCUCCGCAGCUGCUCCCUGAGGGCGCUGGUGGGAGCUGCCGCCCAGGACGGCACUGGGGAGGCCGGUGCGGGAGGACGGCGCCCGGUGGUGCUCCAGCCGCACCGGCCGCUGCCACCCCUGCUCCCGGGACCCUGCGUGGCUGCUGUGGCCGGGCCUGCCCACUGCGGAGUGGGGAGACGUCCUUGUAGACGGGACCCCACCCGAGGGUCCCGAAGGACCAUCUCAGGGGCUCGGGAGCUGCUGGGUCAGCGGCCUGGACAGGUGCGCCUCCCGCUGCGACUCCCGCUGCGACUCCGCGGGAGCCCUGUUUGCGAGCCUUCCUGGCGGUAUCUGAACACCCUUACUGGGAGGGCCGGUGUUUGCAAGCUCUUGUCCGUGUUCUUCUACACUCUCCAAUUUCCCAGAACACGCACGGACCGUGUUACGGCGCCGCGCACGGGGGCAGGCCCCACGCCUGCAUUCGGGACGCGACUGCACCGGGCCCGCUCGCCGGUGAGGGGACUGGGUCCCGCGGCCCCCGCCCAGCGUGGCCAUCCCUCCUCUGACCCCCACCCCGGCCGUGCCCGAGGUCAUGGGUCCCCUUGCACAGGUGUGACAGUGACAGGUGAGGGCCUUGCCAACAGGCUGGCCAUCCUCUCGUCGAGUGCUCGUCAGAACCUUAUAAAGCAUCCGCCCUCGCCAGGGUUUGGGCCACGUCCUGAAUGGUGGUGUCCUGACCGUGGCGGCACCGCGAGUUGCAGGUGCAGAGCUGGAGCAUGGGGGGGCCCGCAGGGGACUGCAUUGGUUUGGGUCUGGGACACGCAGCACUCGCUGCGCCUGGGGCGGGCGGACUGGGUGCGCGGGAGGGUGGGAGCUGGUGAGGACACGUCCAAUCACACUGCUGGGCAGAAGAUUCUAGACAAGUCUUUCUUGACGAGGUCAAGAGGAACCAAAACUACCGCCACCCCCACCCUGUGGCUCUGGGAAAGGGGAAAUGCAGGUGGGUGCGAGCGGCCUGGCGUGCUGCCCUGGGGGCUGUGGGGCCGACACCCCAGCGCUGCGCCUGGCGUGAAUGCGCAGCCGGCACGGGCCCACAUUUGCAGACUCUGCCCCGGGAGGGAGGCGUCCUCAUCUGGACACGCUUUGGGGCCCAGCAAAUCACAGAGGCUGGCGGUGGUGGAAUGUUCUCCUGACAGCCCAGGGUGUGGAGUUUCCCAGGACACAGAGAAAGUAAACACCGAGGGACUUGCCAGGAGGACACGGACAAGCCGUGGUGCCCAGCGGGGGUCUCACAUGGCCCCAUCACCCCUGGAAGGCCAGCGACGUCCUCCACGGCUGUGGCCUUGAGAUGCCCCUCGACGGUGGGGCCACGCUCUGCUGGGGGCUGCAGUGUCCCGCAGCGGCUGUAACCCCGUCCCACAGACUGUCAAAUAUAUUAAUAUACACUGUUAAAAAUGAUUUUAUAAACAAUCUACU